AUGGCACCCUGGAACCUGAUCCUGCGCAUGGUCGUCGCCGCCGAGGACUACAUUGUCGCCCAGAUCCUCCGCUCGCCUGCCUUCCACCGUGGCGUCCGGAGCAUCCACGACAGAGUCCAGGAGCAUCGCCAUGGCCGCAACCCACACGAGCCCUUGCGCCCGGGAGAAGCAACAAGAGACCCCGACCAGCAAAGCUCCAGCGGCUUCUUAAGUCAUUUCAUUGACGAGCUACGCAACCAAGCACGAGGACAGCCGACCGACCCGAACCGGCCGAUGCCACCAUCCACAACUACAAAGGACAAAACGGACAAAAGGUGA